AUGUCAUGCUAUUCGCUACACUCGGGCAGGAUUUCUUCCAAUUUUGACGCGGAUUUGCCCUGCGGCAUUCAGAAUUCCUCGCAUCCACAUGUGCAAUGUUGUGUAAAGGGUGACUAUUGCAUGAGUAAUGGCAUCUGCCACUUCUAUAAACGCAGUUCAGACCAGGGAUACUAUACCGCGGAUUGCACUGAUCCAACACUCCAGGACCCCGCAUGCAUGAGCCGAUGUGGCGCUCAACCUGGAUCAAUCAUAGCCUAUGAUGAAAGUACGGGGCUCUGGGCUUGUUGCACAUAUAGCAGUGAUGGUAAGGCCAAUUGCUCAAAUCUUUCCGAAGAGAGAUUCCCUGCUCCAGCUCCCAGCAAACUUGUUACGAUUCAGUAUCUGCCUCCUACUGCCACCCCGACCUAUGCACCGUCUACAGAUGCUACGUCUACGCCACUCGUGAAUUCUACCGGCAGCCAGAUAGGCGCAGGCGCUGCAGCUGGGAUUGGAGUAGGGGUUGGGGUUGGUGCAUUUUUACUUGCAGCAGCGGGCGCGUUGUUUUAUUUCCGACGGCGGAGGUCAUCGCAGCACAGUGUACCAGCUUCGCAAUCUUGUACCGGGUUAAUGUCGGGAGUGCAGCAGCCGCAAACAGAUGUUAGAUAUGAGCUUGGGAAGUCGGAGCCUCGUCCGCAGGAGCUUGCAUAA